AUGAGGAUAGGGUGGAACAAAAAGACCGUAGAAAAUAAUCCCCAAGUGUUCAUUUACAGUGGUGCUGAAAGGUUGAUGCGAAUGGGACCCUGGAAUGGCGUUACCUUUAGUGGUUAUCCAGAAUUUACAGUAAGUGGUGCUGAUCAAGUCUCCAAGCUGAUAUAUACUGACAAUGAAGAAGAGAUCUUUUGGUACUAUACUAUAAAUAAUCCUGCAAAUAUUUCAAUAUUUGUACUGAAUGAGACAAGAGGCCUAGCGCAAAGGUUUAAUUGGGAUCCAGUCACGCAAAAAUGGUAUCCAUUCUGGACAGGGUCAGAAGAUUCCUGUGACUUUUAUAGGCAUUUUGGUGCAUUCAGUACUUGCAAUCCGGCCGAUGUUGGUGCUCAAGGUUGUGAGUGUCUUCCAGGAUACAAGUCCCAAGGAAAUCCUCUGCGAGAUAAAUAUCAGUGUCUGAGGCAUUCUGAGGCCCUUGUGUGUGGAAAGGGGAGGGGUUCGUGGAGGUCUCAGGAGUAA